GCUUCCAUUCCCCACAGCAAACAGCAAGCUAGGGCUUAAGCCAGCUAGCAAUGGCUUCUUCCACCAUGAAAGCAACACUACUCUUCUCUGCAGCUCUCACCUUAUUCUUCUCCUUACCAAUAGCAGUACUCUCCCAAACCCCUCCUCCUGUGUCUUUCCAUCAUCCACUAGACCCUUUAACCGAACAAGAGAUAAACCUUGUCCGAACCAUAGUCCUAGCCAAGUACCCAGCCACUUCAAGAAACACUCUAAGGUUCCACUAUAUCGGCCUAGACGACCCAGAAAAAGAAUCAAUCCUUAAAUGGGAGCACGACAAAACCAUCGCGAUCCCUCGCAUAGCCUCAGUCAUCACCAUCAUCAACACCAAGAUCCACGACAUGUUAAUCGAUCUCAAGCUAAAGCGCUUUCUCUCGGACAAGAUCCACACCGGGAAUGGUUUCCCCACCAUCUCUGUUGAGGAACAAAACGAGGCCAGCGCGUUGGCGCUGUCAUAUCCUCAGUUCAUUGCUUCAAUGAACAAGAGAGGACUGAACCUCUCCGCGGUGGUGUGCGCCUCUUACAGCACCGGGUGGUUCGGAGAAGUUAAGGACACGAGGGUUGUGAGGAUCGAUUGUUUCAUGAAUGAAGAGUCUUCUGCUAAUAUCUGGAUGAGGCCUAUUACUGGACUCAUAAUAGCGGUUGAUCUUGACACCAUGAAGAUUAUUCAGUACAGUGAUAGAGAAGUUGUGCCGGUACCCACGGCGGAGAACACUGAGUUUCGAGCUUCACAUCAGAAGCCACCAUUCGGUCCAAAGCAGCAUGGUCUUGCCUCUCAUCAACCACAAGGUGCAGGCUUCCAGAUCAACGGCCACAGUGUUAGCUGGGCCAACUGGAAGUUUCAUCUAGGAUUUGAUGUACGAGCUGGUCUUAUAGUAUCACUGGCUUCAAUUUACGAUCUAGAGAAGCACAAGUCUCGUAGAGUGUUAUACAAAGGGUACACUUCUGAGCUUUUUGUGCCAUACCAAGACCCAGGAGAAGAUUUUUACUUCAAGACUUUCUUCGAUGCUGGAGAGUUUGGGUUUGGUCUCAUGACUGUUCCUCUGGUCCCAAACCGUGAUUGCCCUUCAAAUGCUCAGUUCAUAGAUGCAUACAUCAACACAGAUGAUGGUAAACCACUCCUUGUGAAGAGGGCAGUUUGUGUCUUUGAACAAUACGACAACAUCAUGUGGCGCCACUCUGAGUCAACCGUUCCUAAUGAAUUCAUUGAAGAAUCUAGGACAGAAGUGAACUUAGUGGUAAGGACCAUAGUCACAGUGAGUAACUACGACAACAUAGUAGAUUGGGUGUUCAAAACAACCGGCUCCAUCAAGACCGUGAUUUCGCUGACGGCUAUGUUAGAAGUUAGAGCAACGGAUAUUAAGCACAAGGAUGAGAUCAAGAGUGAACAAUAUGGUAGCUUGGUGUCAGCAAACACAAUAGGCACUUACCAUGACCACUUCUUCAUUUUCUAUCUUGACUUGGACAUUGAUGGUGUGGACAACUCGUUUGAGAAGGUUCAUUUGAAGACUAAAAGAAUCACUGAUGGAAGUUCAAAGAGGAAGAGUUACUGGACAACUGAGACAGAAAUUGCAAAGACUGAAUCAGAUGCGAAGAUCAUCACACUUGGGCUGUCACCAGCUGAGCUUGUUGUGGUGAAUCCUAACAAGAAAACCGCCAUCGGAAAUGAAAUUGGAUACCGUUUGAUUCCUUCUAUCCCAGCUCAUCCCCUAAACACACUUGAUGAUUACCCGCAAAUUCGUGGUGCAUUUAGCAACUUCAACGUGUGGGUCACGCCGUAUAACAGGUCUGAGAAGUGGGCUGCUGGGCUCUAUGUUGAUCACAGCCGUGGAGAUGAUACCUUAGCUACUUGGACUCAAAAGAAUAGAGACAUUGUGAACAAGGACAUUGUGCUGUGGCAUGUUGUGGGAAUUAAUCAUGUUCCAACCCAGGAAGAUUUCCCAGUAAUGCCGAUGUUGAGCAUUGGAUUUGAGUUGAGACCAACCAAUUUCUUUGAGAGGAACAAUGCUCUCAAAACCCUUUCACCACCUGAUGUUAAGUGGCCUGGUUGCCCUGCCUAAAAUCAUUAGAACUGGCCUAGCUAGCUAACUAGCUGCUGAUUUGCAUAAUAAUAAGUAUGUGUAUGUGUUACUAGUGUAACCACUUUGUUUCUUGCUGAAGUAUGUAAACGUGCAUGUUGUCUGUUCAAUAUUUGCAUGUGUACAAGAAUAAGAUGAUGAAAUAAUAUGUACCAUUAGCAGCUACAUAUUAUAUGUUUAUAAAAAUGCAAGUUCACUUGUCAA